UAGUUUUCUGUGUGUCUGCCUGAUACUAGCCUUGGCUUUAAAACCAUGUGAAUGGGGGAAAAAAAAGCGAGAACUUAUUUCUUCUCCCACCACCGUCUCUCUCUCUCUGCCUGACAUAUUCACAAUUAGUGCUAGAGCUGCGUACAGACUCCAUGUCGGAAGUUCAAGCUAAAACUGUCCCUGCAGUUUUAACUACCAGUUCCACGCAGCUGUUACAUUCUAUGAAGGAUCAAGUUUCAUCAGAAGAUUCAGGAAGUGAUUCCAGUGCCAAGAUGUCUGGCAGUGCGGCUACGACGCCAGUUACAGCUGGUGCAAGUACCAUCCGCACUCGGGCCUCAACUGGCAGCAUCUCAGGAUUGCCAUUUGGUAAGACGGAAAUCAAAUCAGAAAGAUGUUCAAGUCCUUCCAGUGACACUUGCUCUUCCAGAUCUGGAACUCCACAGUCUUUUAAAAGAACUCGGCACAAGAUUGAUGAUCUCUAUAUUGUACAAGUGCCACCAAAGAAACAGAAAAUUGGUAGAAAUGAUGGAACUGGAUUGGUAAAUAAUAACAAGAAUGACUAUUUUUGCUGGCUGUGUCAUCGAGAUGGGGAAGUUGUUUGUUGUGAAUUAUGUCCUCGAGUAUACCAUAUCAAAUGUCUUGGACUUGAUGAGCCAUUCCCUGAAGUGUGGGUCUGUCCUGAAUGUGAGAAAAUUAUGAGAGCUGAAUGCAUUAAUACAAGAUCCAAGGCAAUGUCUAUGAUAUCUCAUGAACAGUUUUGUGUUCUUCUGAAGUAUGCUCUGAACAGAAUGAAACACCAAUCAAGUUCUCCAUUCCGUCAACCAGUAGACUUAUGUGCAGUACCCAAUUACCAUGAUUUUAUUUACCAUCCAAUGGAUCUUAACACAGUUGAAAAGAAUAUCAAAAGCAACAAAUACGGUUCCACCGAAGCUUUUUUAGCAGAUGUCAAGUGGGUCUUGCAUAACUGUAUCAUAUUCAAUGGAACUCACCAUAAACUAACUGCAAGUGCUAAGAUGAUCAUAAAGAUAUGCAAACAUGAGGUGGCAGAGAUUGAAAUCUGUCCCGACUGCUAUGCUCGAUCCUGUGAACAAUCAAACGAUGAAUGGUUUUGUGAACCCUGUAGCCAUCCACACCAGAUUGUUUGGGCAAAGUUAAAAGGGUAUCCAUUUUGGCCUGCAAAGGCAUUGCGGGAAAAAAAUGGCAUGGUAGAUGUACGGUUUUUUGGUGCCCAUGAUCGAUCUUGGGUACCUGUCUCUCAAGUGUAUUUGUAUUCCAAAGAGUGCCCAACAGUGAUGAAGUCCAAAAGAAGUGGUUUUGACCAUUCUAUGACUGAACUGAAAACAUACAUUGAAAAAUACAGGCAAAAGUUUGGAACUUUUGAGUUUUAUCCAUUCCGUUCACUCUACGACAGCAACAGUCCAUAUAUCAAAAAUGGGAAAUCUUCAAAACUUAAAUCUUUAAAGCUGCAUCCUUCUCCAAAAAGAACUAAAAGUCCGGAAACUUCCGAAAUAAAUUCUAAAAAGAACAACAGUUCACUAAGUUCAAGUAAAUCUUCAAAUAGUAGUAGUAGUAGUAGUAGUAAAAGCACAUCUUCAGAUAGCAAGAUGUCUGAAAAGGUAUCUGUGAUUACAAAGACUGCUUCUGCUGUGAAAAACAAAUACAGCAGCAUCAUCACAACACGUCGUGGUGCAAUGCUGAAAAUGUUGCAGCUGACCUCCACCGCAGCCUCCACCGCAGCCUCCACCCAACCUACUCAAACUUUGCAGUCUACUACAGUCAGUAGUUCAUUGUCAUCUUCCAUACCUUCUUCUUCUUCUUCAUCAUCAUCAGCAGCAUUUUCCACCUCCCAGUCAUUUACAUCAAUCUCGUCUCACCCAUCAUCCACAACGGUAGCAAUCUCUGCUGCUGUUGGAACCACCACCACAGUUACAACAUCAUGUCCAUUUAAUGCCACACCAACUGCCAGCAUCACAACAACAAAAACAACCACAGCACUCACAACAAAACCUAUCACUAAUAAAACCCCAACAAAACCAUUUAAAAGAUCUUACAGUUCGUCAAUAUUACCUAAAAAGCGGGCGUGUCCAGGUGUUUUCUUUCCCAGCAGUGAUUCUGACUUGUCUUCUGAUAAGAGUCCUGUGAAAGUGUGUAUGGAAAGUGUUGGAGAAAUUGAGGACAAAGUGUUUGCAAAUGGAAUAGAUAACCGGUUAAAAACUAUCAAAACGGAACCUGGUCUUGAAUUAGAAAGUUCUGAAUCUCGUACACCUUCUCAUAUGCCUUUAAUGCCAAAAAGAAAAAUGGUUCAACUACAUCAAAUAAAACAAGAAGUGGAAUCACCAGUUGAUAAGAAUUUGAUAUCACACAUGAAAUCUUAUGUGAAUUUGGCACCAAAACCUAUCCAAGAUAGCACGAAUGUCAAUCACGGUUACCCAAAAGCUGGAAGAAUUUUGAAACCCAAUGCUGGGUUUGACAGUAUCUUGAUGAAAAACAAUGAAAAUUCAAGCAACCAAAGGAAAGAUAAGCCAAGCUCCACACCUAACAACACCUUAUCGGUGACAGGAAACAAUCAAUUAUCAUUAAUAUUGUCUUCACCACCAAAGAAAAAUACCAGCCUCCGAAACCUUAGUGAUUCUCAAAUGUCGGCAUUCCGACCCCUUGCCAAAAUGCAGAAACAGAUUUCUGUACCAAUGAUGAAUCAACAAACAACAGACAAAAGUUCCGUUGACCUCCAGGUCUCCGAUGCUGGAUUGAAUUCAAACGCAGGCAACAGUGUACGCAACACUGGCAGGAAAACUGCUGCCAAGACAAAUACAUUGACUUCUGCAAUAAAUAAGAAUGGUGACAGCAAAUCUAGCACAGAUGAAAGUUCGAAUCUUGCUCUUCCUUCCAUUGUGACAGAUGCAACUCUUCUUCUUGGACUCUUAAAGAAUAAACCUGGAGAAAACUCAGCUGCCAUGAGGAGUGAUGCUAGCCGACCAAUCGAAAUCAACCAAAUGGUUGAGAAAUACACAAAACAGCUAUCAAAGAGCAUUCGAGAAUCAUUUGAAGAAAUGUAUGCUGACAUGUUGACUAAACAUAGUCAUCAGAUCAUUAUGAAACACUACCACCAGGAGCUUGAGAAACUUCGAUGGAUCCAUGAACAGGAAAUUGCAGAAAUUAAACAUAACCUAAAUCUGACUGUGGCAGAGAUACGAGCAAGUUGGGAAAAUGAGAAAGAACGUUUUGCUUCCUCAAUCCGAGAACAAUGUGAUAUUGAAAAGAUGAAAUCUAUUGAGGAAACAAAGAAGAAACAAUGGUGUGCAAACUGCAGUAAUGAAGCCCUGCUGUAUUGCUGCUGGAACACCAGUUACUGUGGUUACCAAUGUCAGGCAAACCACUGGCCCCAGCAUAUGAACAGCUGUACGCAGCAACUCUCUCAGACAACCAGUUCAACAGUGCAACCCACAGCGACCCCUACAUUGCCUUCCACUCCAUCUGCAUCGGCCACAACGGCCACAGUAUCAGCAGCAGCAGCAUUGUCAACAACAACAACACCGACAACCACAUUUUCUGGUACAUUGAUGACGGGAAAUCCACAGAAUAUGAUUGUCCUCAAUGAUGCCUUACCCAACACAACGAGCACGACUGCCCCGAUUGUCAUCUCUACCAUGCGACAACAACCUGUAACAGCAGCAGCAGCACAACAACUGCCAGAGAUUAGAUCUGUUGAGACGCUGAAUACAACAGUUUCAGGCAAACCAACUGGAAGAGUGUCUGGUAUGUUGCAGCAAAUCAUUAAAAAAGAAGAUAAUCGCUCUAAAAUGAUAAACUUGCAGCCUGCUUCCAAUCCGGUGCCAGGCACUACGCAGAUACAGUUCCUUCCAACAUCUCUGCCGCAACCAGUUACAGGUUCUAUACAAGUGUUACCGGCACCUUCAACACAGUUACUCACCAGAAACCCCAUCUUAUCACCCAGCCACCAGCUACAGCUUCAAUAUAUGCAAUCACCACAACAAAUCCAAACUUAUGCUGCCACUUCCGGACAAGCACCAGUAAGAAUGCAAGCAGUCCAACUUCAGAGCACGGCCAUUCCUUCAACACUUCAAUCACAGACAUUUCCCAGCAUCAUGGCAACGUCUCAGUCAGUCAGCUCACCAACCACAAAGAUAAGCACAAUUUCAGCACCAACAGUUGCACCUAGCGGCACCAAAAACCUCAAAGUGAACACCUCCAACAAUAUCAUAAUUCCUUCAGGACCAUUUAUACUCACAAAAGCUUCUCAGGGUCAUCUUCAGCUGAAUGCGACAAAACAGAUGUAACAACACUUAGUUAUUAUUAUUAUUAUUAUUAGUAUUAUUAUUAUUAUUAUUAUUAUUAUUAAUUACUAUUAUUAUUAGUGUGGUGGAUUGGCAGAAAUGUUAGAAUGUUGGAUAAAAUGCCUUGUGGUGUUUAGCUACGGCCCUUCACGUUCUCAGUUCAAACCCCACAGCAAUCAACUUUGCCUUUCAUCGUUCUGGGUCAAUGAAAUAAGUUACCGAUCAAGUACUGGGGCAAUGAUGAAAUAAAUCAUCGGUCAAUUAUAGGGGCCAAUGUAACUGACUGGCCCCUCCCCACAAAACUGCACUCUUGUGUCUGUAGGCAGAAUGUUUAGAGUUGAACCAAAUACUUUGUACGAUUUCUUUCAGUUCUUUACGUUGUGAGUUCAAAUCCAGCCAAGAUCAACUUUGCCUUUCAUCCCACCUAGGGUCAAUGAUAUAAAAAUAACAGUCAGUUACCGGGAUUGAUUCAAUCAUCUCAACCCUUCCCCCCACCUCUCUAGUCUUGGGGCUCGUCGUACCUCUAUUAACAGCAGUUGUUCUGGUUAUUGCUUGCUGUUCUGCAGAGAACUGGCAGCACUGAUAAAGCACCAGACUAGUGUGACCAGGGCCUCCAUUUGGUGGAACCAAACUAGUUUUGGAUCACAAGAUGAGAGCAGGCAUGGCUGUGUGGGGAAGAAACUCUCUUCCCGACCACAUUGGUUUUGAGUUCAGUCUCACUGUGUGGCACCUUGGGCAAGUGUCGUCUAAUGAAGCCUCAUGCCCACCAAAGCCUUGUGAGUGGAUUUGGUUGACAGAAACUGAAAGAAGCCCAUUGUGUAUUUGCACUCUUGUUUAGACAUCGUGUGAUGUUUGUAACUGAUCAUCAUCAUCAUCAUUCAAGUGAAGUUGCUCAUUUCCAGUUUUUGAAUUACUGACAAUUACUUUGCUUGGAAAGAGGUCAACGUUGGCAACAGGAAAGGUACCUGGCUGUAGAGAAACUGCCUCAUCAAAUGGCAUCUAAGCCAUGUUAGUAUGGAAAGUGGACAUUAAAUGUUGCUGAUGAUUGACAUUUGUUUAUGUUAGGGAGGGACUCGGAAGAUAGUCUUGGGCCCCAGACCAAUGUGCUGGCUGAAUCCCCACUUCAGAGGCCCUGUUUUGCCCCUGUACAUUCCACUUAUAAUUAUGUCAGGCUCAACUUCUGCCUUUAACCCUUACAGGGUCAGUAUGUCACUUAGGGGUCACAUCUAAUCAAAUAUAUUUCGCACUUGCAAAAGUAUGGCAGAGUGUGAAAGAAUAUUAUUAGAAAUGUUGUCACCAAAGACCACAUCUUAGCACUUGCUUGAGCCUGAAAUAAUGUCUUUGAAUUCCUCCAAACAUGCCUUUCUUUAUCUACAGCUAAGCUUUGUAGCAAAAAUAAAGAUUUAUCUACUGAAACAGCAAACGAAAGCUAUUGACUGCUUCUGCCAACAAAUAGCUAUCAACUAAUGAAAACAGCUACAAUUUAAAUUAACAGAUGACUUGUCCAGGAUAAAAAAUGAUUUGUUUCCUUUUCAAAUUUUAUUUUAAAAUGUUAAUUAGAUGGGAUGAGAGAUUUAUCUUAAGUUUUUAAAUGAAUGGGUUUUUAAAAAAACUUCUUUAAUCCCCCACCCACCCAAUUUUUAAGAAAAUUUAUUUUAAUGAAACUGAUCUGGCAUUUUUUUUGUGAACUUGUAUGAUUUGUUUAUUUAUUUUUGUUUGUUUUUAAUACCUUCACAAAAACGUCUGUUAUGAUUAGGAACCAUUAAUAUAUCUGCAAUGAUAAGAUUGCAGAAAUAGUUAAAAUACAUUGAUUAUAUACAUAUAUAUAUAUAUAUAUAUAUAUAUAUACACACACACACACACAUAUGCACACAAACACACACACACUCAUGCAUACAGACGUGUGCGUAUGUGUAUAUAUAUACAUAAAAUUUUUCUGAAGAAA